CAGCAUACAUUGUCUUGCCCAUUGUCGGGGCUUUUAUCAUUUGUUUUGUCAUGUUGCUGUCGUGUUUGCUUUGCCGGAGGAGAGUUUCUAAGGGAGAUGCUAGCAGGGGGAGAAAAAGUGGAAGUUAUGUUGAAGGUGGCAAUAGAAUUGGAAUAGUUGUGGAUGAUGGGAGCUAUGUGGGUACAACACCCAUGUUUAACGGUGGUUAUGGAGGUUGGGGUUGGGAUUGGACUUUUAGUAGUGUAGGAGAUACAGGCAACGGCAAUGACGGAGGAGGUUGUGAUGUCGGUGGAGGUGGUGGGGAUUCUGAAGUUGGUGGUCGAGGCAGUGAUGUCGGUCGAGGUGAUGGAGUUGGGUGUGGAAAUGGAGACGGCAACGGAGCGAGUUUUCACGAGGCAGGUGGUGGAGAUGGUGGUGUAGCGAGCUCUUUCGACGAAUGUGGUGGUGGAGGUGGGACUGUUUCUGAUCAUGGAGGUGGUGGGAGUUUUCACAUGGAUGGUGGGCAUUCUAAUUUUGGAGGUGGAGCAAGUUCUCACGGUGGAGGUGGUGACGGAGCCAGUCAUGAUCACGGCGGAGGUGGUGGCGGAGCAAGUUAUGACCACGGCGGAGGUGGAGGGGUUUCUGAUUAUGGAGGUGGUGGAGGGGGUUUUGAUUUUGGAGGGGGCGGAGGAUCAUCCUUUUGGUGACAAUUUGAUAUUCGUUGUAGCAUAAAUUUGAUAUUCAAAGAUACUUCAAAUCCCGCUCCAUUCAUUAUUAGAUAGUUUAAGGUCAAACAUUUGCCAUGAUUUUGGUUCCUAUAAAUUACAACCCACAAUAACAGUUCAUUGAUGCAAGAGAUAUCCAAUUGAGAGGCAAGAUGGUUCCAACAGCAGUAUUCAUCAUCCUACCCGUUGUCUUCGUUUCCCUCUGGAUUACUAUAUGUGUGUUGAGUAUUAUUUGUCGGAGCAGAGUUUCUAAUGGCAAAGUUAGCGGCGGUGAUGUUGGUGCUUAUGAUGGGAACCAAGUCAAUAUAGAUAUUGAUGACGGUGGUAGCGGCGGAUUUAACCACGACAACAACAAUGGAUGGGGCAGUGACGCUGGAGGUGGCGGCUAUGACUUUGGUGGGGGAG